CGGCGCAGGGGUUGCGGGGGGCUACGUCAAGUAAACACUGGACUCGAACGUUCUGUCAUUCCGAGGCGACGGGCCCAAGCUGACGGGCCCGCAGGCCCUGGGGGCGCAUUCUCCUGUCGCAGUCGACCACUGCGGGGCCGUGGGCCUUGGGGCAGGACCCCUCGCGUGCUUGGGAAGGGAGCUGAGGUACCUGGGUGGUCUGCAGCUUUCCUGCCAGGCCGGGCGGAGCAGGCACUAAUCUUGUUGACGGGAUGGGAGGAAAGGGACGGGGUGGUGGGUCCUGUAGGUCUACAACGGGCGCAAGCCCUAAUGACAUCCCCCUCAGGUGACGAUCGGCGGGCGGGGGGUGGUGGUGGUGGUGGUGUGUGUGUGUGGGGGGGUGCUUUGGGCGUCCUAGAACUUGAGGACACAAAUUUUUGUGAAAGCCCCUCCCUCUCUACUAAGCCCCUCGCGUGGGCCUCAGUAGCCAGAAAGUUGCAACUCCCUGGGUUCGCGGUCCUGAGUCAGGAAAACUGCAGUGCGACCCCUAGAGGCCUGUCUGGUAAUUGCCACGCCGGCUGGAACGGGCUGUGUGGUAGAAGGACUUGGAAAGAGCCUGGAAUUCCGGGGUUGCUGGCGUCAGUCCAGUGAGAACCUCCCCUGCUUAAAAGACGGUGGUUCUGAAGACCUAAUAAAAAACGAUGGUGAAGGCCUCUUACUAGGGAAAGUGUGGGUGGCUACUAAUUCAGAAUCUGUUCCACACCCUUCGUGGUCGCGAGGAUUGUUAAUUAAGCAAAAGAGAAAGCAGGACUGUGAAUUCUCAUUACUAAAUAAGCUCAAUUUUUUUAGUUUCCCUAGGGGCUCUAUUUUUUGUGACCACAAUGAGAAAUUUAGACAGUGAUGAUCAGUUAACUGACAAGCUUCACAAGCCCAAGAGAUCGAAAGAAUGGUUUGAACCACAGCCACUUUCUUUUAUGGAGGCAUUAGCUAAAGAAGAUACUGAUGCAGCUAUUCAAUCAAUAUUAUAUAGAGAAAAUUAUGUGAUUAAGGAACUAGAUAAGUAUUUACAACAUCAUGACUUCUUAAAGGCAAGGAGAAAAGAGAUGUUACAUAAAAGAUGGGUUGACCAUGUCGCACAUCCUCUCCAGAAGAAAAUUAUAGAAAAAGUUGGUUCAUAUAAGAAGAUUAAAAAAAGGAGACAAGAUGAAUUAGAUGGUUUUUUAAAACAUGUAAAUAAAAAGGGAAAUGUAUUUAUAGAACAUUAUGAUCCCAAAGAAUAUGAUCCUUUUUAUAUGAGCAAAGAGGACCUGAAUUUUCUGAAGGUUACCAUUCCACCAUUUCAUGAUCCUUUGAAAAAGGCACAAUAUGACAAAGAUGAUGAAAAAAGAACUCUUCUUCAGUGUGAGACUGGCAAAAUAUAUACAAUGAAAGAAUUUAAAGAGAUUGAAAAGGCCAAACUGCAUUCCAGAUUCCCAAGAAUUUCUAAUUCAAGGCACUUUAUGACUCCAAAUGAGUGGCUUAAGCUGCCUACAACUUACAUAGAAAGUGAAUUUUGUAAAAGGAGCAGGUUAAAAGUGAAAAUGAAUUUUAACGAUUGUAGUUUUGAUAUGAAACCCUUGACAAGAGUUCCUCAUUCUGUGGAGGCUCAGCAAGAAGAAAAAGCAGUUAUUUCCAAUUCUGAAAAACUCACCUGUUCAGAAAAGAAACGUCUGCCUGAUAAAGAGAACAAGAAUACUGACCCAAGUCAGACUGCUUUUGAAAGGAAGUUUCAUUCCUCAAAGCUCAGCCAGGAGAAUAAAAGGGUUGAGAAGAACUGUGUGAGUUCAGAGUGGCAUCGUGAAAAUGAUCACUCAGAGCCACAGAAUAUGGAUCUUAACAGGUGGAUUCAAGGAAAUCAAAAUAUCAAAGUUCUCUAAGAAAGGGAAAUGACACCCCAGAAGGGACAAGACGGCACUGUGGCUGUAACAGACCCCAAUAUGCAGUAUUUCAGAAACCAAAAACCAGGAAGACAUGUAGAAAAGGAAGAAAAUCGAUUUGACUCUCAUUUCUGUCACCACUUUAACAUGUGUGGGAAGAGUGUGUAUUGCCCAACACGAGCGAAGGUGUGUUCGCGUUCGCACGCUGGGCUGGGCUGCAGUACCCGCUGGGCAUCUCGCUGCUGGAUCUCUGGGAGGCUGUCGCUGACCCCUUACACUACCCACAGUGGUCUCUGACGGCCCUUCUAGCGUGACUGCACACCAAGGCUUUGUUUUUAAUUUACGACCAUGGCACCAUGGAGCUGAAUGUGUUCUCUCAUUGGUUCCUGGAUUUUUUUGAGGACAUCAGGGUGCACGUGGAGCACAUGGACAGAGUCACACGUGUGUGUUUAAGCAGCGUCCUAAGUCCUAGUGUCGCCCUUCUCCUCUCAUUUCCUUUGGUCCCACUGUAUGCAUCCACUGACAUUUUAUCUUGUUGCUUUUGAUACAUCUGAGUAAGCUAUUUUAUGCUUUUUUU